AUGACCUUAAAAUCAGAUUGCGGAGGUUUCAAAGUCGAUAUCGUUUUUAUCUUGGAUUCAAGUGGAAGUGUUGGAAAAGGAAAUUUUGAGAAAACAAAGGAGUUCUUUAAAACGAUGGUCGGUGGAUUUCAGAUCGGUCCAAAUGACGUGAGGAUGGCAUCAGUGACAUUUAGCACUGUUAUUCACGACACGUUUCAAUUUAGUGAAUACAACUCUAAAGAAAGUCUAAGAAAUAGAGUUUUAAACAUUCCAUAUGACAGUGGUGGAACCAAUACGCAGCUUGCACUUAAAUAUGCCCGGGUAACAAGCUUUCAAUGUAGCUAUGCUAGGUCAGGUGUAUCCAAAAUUGCCGUUGUAAUUACUGAUGGAAAAUCAAAUAGCAAACCUAAAACCUUGGACGAGGCCGAAAAAUUACGUAAUAGCGGCGUCAUAAUUUUCUCCGUAGGUGUUACUUCUGGUGUUGAUAGAACUGAACUUGAAGGGAUGGCUUCUAAAGCUACUUACGUGUUUGAUGUAGCAACGUUUAACGCUCUGGGCCCGUCUAUUAGAGAACGACUUACUAAAACAGCUUAUGAAGUGAUUUCAUGUGGUGAUCCUGGGAAACCAACCAAUGGUGUCCGUAUCGGGGAAGAUUUCUCAAAAGGAAAGUCGGUAACCUGCAGAUGUGAUAAGGACUACCAACUUCAUGGAUCGAGCACGAGGACAUGCCAGGAGAAUUCUGUCUGGUCCGGAAGUCUUCCUAAAUGUAUAUUUGUCAACGCAUGUGGAAGUAAUCCAUGUCAUAAUAACGGCACAUGUUUGAAUGGUGCCACCUACUCGUGCCAAUGUAAAUCUGGAUAUAGUGGAGUAAAUUGUGAAAACGAUAUCCAGCCACCGGUUGUUCAUCGCUGUCCCUCCGACAUACAAGAGUUUUCAAAUUUACGAUUCCUAAACAUUUCCUGGUUUGGACCUAAUUUCACUGAUCCCUUUCAUCAUCCUGUUGAUGUGACAACGAAUUACCCGGAAAAUGGAUCCACCUUUUUCUGGGGGGACUACACUGCUAUAUAUACUGCUCUGAAGCAGUACAAUGGUCUCCGAAGUGUAUGUACUUUUAACAUCAGCGUGCGGCCAAAUCCUUGCCCGGACCUUAACGCUGCUAGCGUUACCAAAAACGGUGCACUUGUCUGCAACGGUUGGAUGACAGAAUACACUCGCGUAUGCAUGGUUUUCUGCAGAAGAGGAACUAAGUUACAAAAAGGUCACGACUUCCGAACAAAAUACAUUUGUGGUGGAAGUGGAAAGUGGCUGCCAUCGAAAACCCUUCCAUAUUGUGGGCGGACCAGGGGGCGUGUUCGUACAUCGGAUGACAAAAUUUACUCUUUCCGUCGCUGUGACGACGAAGCAAAGGACAAGAUGAGGGGAAAAUAUCUAGAUAUUCUCAAGAAAUCUUCCUUAAGAAGACUCUGCAAUAGAUAUGCAGACCUCUGUAAAAAGGAAAACGUUGAUGUUCAGUGCUGAGUUUACCAACUGUACUUAAAAAUGAUUGUAAAAAUAUACUAUUUGCAAGAAUAUUAACAAGGGUAAGGAAAACGAUAACAUGUCAUAAUUAUCAGUUUGAGAAAAAAACCCUUUUCAUGUUUCAUAAUGAUUUUAUCAAAUAAUAUCUAUCAAUCUAUAAGUAUUGUAUAUGAAUGUAUAUGCUUUAUCAAAUAAGACUUAUUUAAUAUUAUCUAUUCAUGUACAUUGUAUGUACACUCAUACAGUUUUACUUUUGUUUGAAUUGCAUUGUUUCGUUCUGUUUAACAAUGAAAUGUGUUAUAAACAUUAAGCUUUUAUUUAACAUGGCAUAUUGAAUCAAUUGUUCUUUUAUUUCUAAAACCUUUCCAGUGUCUUUAUCAUUGUUCGCUGUGUUCUUCACUUUUCAAUUUUUAUCUUGAAACAAUCAUAGAAUAAAAAGAUUAAGGUUCAAUAGUUAUUAAAAAUAUCUUGAAUGUUGACAGAUUUUGAAAAUUGCGCAUUUGUUACGCAUACAUGUGUAUGCAUUGUAAUUUAAGGGCAGGGACUAUUCAUUUACAAUAUCUACACUUUUUUGAAAAAUCAACUGCAAUGAAAGGAAGAAUAUGAUAUGAUAUGAAAUAUUCAGCGCACGAAAUUAACAUGCAUUCGUAAGAAGUAGGGGGAAUCAUUAUCGGUAGAUGCAUUUUUAUUUGUUUUAGAAUAGGCUUAUUCAGAAAUCCACCUUAACUUGUUGAAAAGUCAUCUUCAAGAACUUUUUUUUAUUUGGUGUUAUUUCAUUUGAAUAGACCAAAUCCAUAUGUUGGGAUGGGAAUUUAUUGGGGUUUUGUAAAUAAAAGAAUUCCGACGAUUGUAAGAGUAGUGAGUUUUUUUUUAAAUAGAGAACAAAUAUCAAAAGAAUAUACUUGCCAAUGCAAAGCGGUAUUACUUAAGGUUAUUGUUGAUUACUUAAAAGAUCUUAUCUUUUCCGAAACGAUUCAGAAACUUCUGACAGACUUAACUUCCGCCACACUAGUCUAUCACGAACAUCACUCAGAUUGUGCGCUAAAAAUUCUCCAAACUUCAAGAAUCCAGCACGAAUGACGAACGAAACAUGGUUCUGUAGCUGAAAUUGGAAUAAUUUACAUUCUUUUAGAUGUAGCUUUAUCCAGUUAUGGGGAAAUGGUAGAUUAAUUUGCUCUAUUCAGAUGAAUAAGCGUGAGAUUUAAAUUGAACAUUUUCAGCAAAAACCUUUGUUUUUUUAUUAAAUUGACACCAAAAAUGCAACUAGAUAUGAUUCUUUCUAUUUCUUACGGAAAUGGAUGGUAAAUACUAGACAGAAAUAUAUGCAAUCAAAAACACGACCAAGGCUGGACUAAGAACGUUAACAUUUAAAUAGUUUUCGUGCUAUGACUUCGUUUAAUUCAAGGUCCGAUAACUCGAACUUGUUUACCAACCAUAAACUCUGCAACUCCGACACACUGCAGUGGUUUGAGUUACUGGCCUUAUGAUUAUGACAGUGCUAUGAACGAAGACU